UUUUAUACCCUAUUCUGUGAAAGUGUCAUUCCAUCAAUUUUUGUAAUAAAUAGCAUGCUAUUUAUCUUUGCUGCCUGAAAAUCUAAAAGAACUGCAUGUUAUAUUUGUAGCGAUGUACCCAUUUCCUCUCCCGCUGUGAGCACAGAUGCACACGCCUCCCCUUCCUCCCUCUCUCUCUCUCUCUCUCUCUCUCUCUCUCCCUCGCUCCCAGGGUUUCUGUCUCUCAUCCUUCCAGUCCUCCUCUCUCUCUCUCUCUCACACUCUUGUGCUCUACUACAUUGCCAUCUCUUUUUCUCCUCCCCUAUUUUCUUCUCUACCUUGAUCAUUCUCAUUUGCUUGUUUUCUUUUCCUUAAAAUGCCUGUCUUUCUUUAUUUGUGUCUUCCAUGCCUCUCUUUUUUUAUUUCUAUAGAUAGGCACAGCUGAAGAGAUUCUAGCAGUUCUCUCAGCAUCCUUCCAUGCAGCCUUCACUCAUUCACGCCACCAGAUCUUCUGUCACUUCUCUCACGGGGGAGAAUUGUUUAUUCCCUCACUCAGCCUCAGAUUCCGACUGCAGCUCGUGUUUUAUUCCAGAACGCCACCAUCCACAUAUUAGAACGGAUUUUUUAUUCUAAACUGGAAUCAUGUUCUAUUUCCAGCUGGUGAUCAUGGCAGGAACGGUUCUCCUGGCAUACUACUUUGAGUAUACGGACACAUUCCCGGUGCACGUUCAAGGAUUCUUCUGCUUCGAUAAAGCCUUCUCCAAGCCGUAUCCAGGACCUGAAGAUGACAGCAAAGCUCCUCCGGUGCUGGUGUAUUCGCUGGUCACCGCCAUCCCCACCGUCACCAUUCUGCUGGGGGAGCUCGCAUCCUUCUUAACUAAACCUGAGGCUACGCAGGAGAAGACGAUAGUUACGGCUGACUGCUGCUAUUUCAACCCGCUGCUGAGACGCAUUGUCCGCUUCCUUGGUGUGUAUUCCUUUGGCCUCUUUACCACCACCAUCUUUGCCAAUGCAGGGCAGGUAGUGACAGGAAACCAGACACCUCAUUUCUUGUCUACUUGCCGCCCGAACUACACCGCACUGGGCUGCCAUUCAGCGCUGCAGUACAUCACGGAGCGGCGAGCGUGCACCGGGAACCCUUACCUCAUCACCUCCGCACGCAAAUCUUUCCCCUCCAAGGACGCGGCACUGAGUAUGUACUCAGCUGUCUAUACAGUGAUGUAUAUAACUCUGGUAUGGAGGACUAAAGGCACAAGGCUGACCAAACCCACUCUCUGUCUGACUUUCCUCUCAUUGGCUGUUCUGGUGGGCAUCGUGCGUGUAGCUGAGUACCGUAACCACUGGUCUGAUGUUCUAGCUGGAUAUCUCACUGGAGGAGCCAUCGCCGCUUUCCUGGUCACAUGUGUGAUCAAUAACUUCAAGCAGACCCAGUCUCAGCUGCCACCCUUACCGCCCGCUGUGCACCCUCCACGCCCGGAGCCCUCGCUCAACAUGCCCAUGGUGGCCAUGCACUGCGUAGAGAGUCCACUCGAAAACAGGUUCCAGGGGUUUUGUACACAGGCAUCACAUGACCAUCAGCCAUACCUGGCCCCCGCCCCUCCCGAUGUCCUCAUCCACUCACGUCGCUCCAUCUCCAGCGCAGUCUAGACAUGCCUUCAGAAUAUUCUACCUGCGCUCGCCCUAGACCCUCUCUCACAAGAUCAUACUCCACUCAGGUCUAGGGGCUCCCCGUGCUCACCUCUGCUGCCCCCUACUGACUCACAGAGACAAUGACAGCAAUAGCCACUCAUUUGAAUUGGGAUUAUUUUGUAAUGACUAUAUUUCAUAUUUGUCUGAAUCCUCAAAGUAUCUGUCUCUCAUCUAUUGGGUGUUUUUUUGCCAUCUUUGUACAUUUGUAGUGUAUUUCCAUCCUUAAAUGCCAGACAUCGACAUAUAGACACUAUUUGUACAAUUAUAAAAAAGAUUUUCUCAUCUAACAGCCAUACAGGAACUGAAUAUCAACUGUGAAAUGUAAGAUUUAAAUGAACAUCUACUGACAUUUAAGAGUGAACGGGAGAAAAUCAAUUCUAUUUUUCGGAAAUAUAGAUUGGUAGGAUGUAGCAAACUACUAGUAAGCUUAUCUGAAAGAUAUUAAAUAGAUUAUUAGCUCUAUUUUUAUGGCUAAGUAUUUGAGUUAAGUAUCCAUGGAGCAAAAUAUUGCAUUGUUCAGAAAUAGGGUUAUAGAGAAUCAAAGCUAUAGCUGUACAGAGACAGUUUCAAGACUGUAAUAUAUUUAAGAAAAUUGCAUUGUAAAGGAAACAAAUAUGUACAGAAUGUAGCAAAUGUUUUAUAUCUUACACUGUAUAAAAUGUGAAUGUUUUCCCUUGGAAUUUUACUAGAAUUAUUGGCAGGUUUAUUCAAUCUGUAAUAUAAUCCAGAACCAAAAACUAUAAAGCUAUAAGGAAUGACCUCAGGUUUCAUCCUAAGGUUAAUGGGAGACAUCUGCCAACUGUCCAUUUCUCACCGUAAGAUCAUACAAUUUUACUGUUUUCACUAAACAACUUCAUUCUGUAGAAUUUACUGAAUGUGUUCAAGAGACUUAUGUGAAAGACUCCGUUGUGAUUUAUGUUUUAUUUUUUUGAGAUUGUGAAACUGAACCGUUGGAAAUAUUCUGUAAAGCUUGUUGUCAGACAUUUUGUCUAUUGAUGUUAUUGGCUGUUUUUUAAACCAGCAUUUUUCUACAUCGUACAUCCACUAAAGUGAGAUAAAGCCUCUGUGUGUAACAUGGUGCUUGAAUGUGACUGUUCAGGUAUAGCCCUCCUUACAUUUGAUAAAAAAAUAAAAUAAAAAUAAAAAGUUCUAUACGAAGAUAGAUGAUUCUUGCAGAACAAGCUCAUUGUUAAUUAAACAUUUAAUUAA